UUUUUUUUUUGCAUUCUCUUUUAUAUUAGUAUGAGCUCAACAAAUGGAACAACAAAUCCAUUUGCCACAGACACAACGGGAGCCCAAGCUGGCCUUUACAAAGGCAUCGGCGUGUCUUUAGCUAUUGCAAGUGGUCUUUUUAUUGGAAGUAGUUUUGUAUUUAAGAAAAAAGGUCUAUUACAGUCUAUUGAAAAAUCUGGCGGUGUUGCUGGAGAAGGGUACACAUACCUAAAGAAUGCCAUGUGGUGGACUGGGAUGAUUAUGAUGAUUGUUGGAGAACUCUGUAAUUUUAUUGCCUAUGCCUUUACCCAAGCCAUUUUGGUUACACCAUUAGGUGCUCUCAGUGUCGUUAUUAGUGCAGUGCUCUCAUCCAUAUUUCUAAAAGAACGUCUAAGUUUCCAAGGAAAAAUAGGCUGUUUUCAAUGCAUUUUAGGCGCAAUAGUAAUUGUGCUGCAUGCACCUGAACAAAGUUCAGCAGAUACAUCUAUUGAGGCAUUCAAGCAUCUCGUACUUUCCAUUGGCUUCUUAAUUUAUGCUGGCAUUGCAGUUGCCAUUUCACUCGUCCUUGUCUUUUACUGUGGACCUAAAUGGGGCAAGAAGAACAUGUUAAUUUACAUCACUGUGUGUUCAUUGAUCGGCUCAAUCUCUGUCGUCUUUACUCAAGGUCUUGGUGCUGCUAUUGUUCAUUCAAUAUCUCAAGAUAACCAAUUUACCAAUUGGUUUAUAUAUAUUGUAUUAGGCAUUGUCGUUGUCACUCUGAUCGUUGAAAUUGUUUAUCUCAACAAAGCACUCAACUUGUUCAACACCGCACUUGUUACACCAACCUAUUACGUGAUAUUUACCACUAUGACCAUUGUCAGCUCUAUCGUGCUCUAUCAAGGUUUUGAUGCUUCUGCUGUCGAUAUUGUGACAUGCGUCAUUGGAUUCUUUAGCAUUUGUUCUGGUGUGGCACUCUUACAUAACUCAAAGAGUCAGCCCGAACCUGAGAAGGUCGAUACAAAAGAAGUGAAGGUUGAUGAUGAAAAGAUUCUUGUGGAUGAGGAGCAACAGACACCCACAAAACGCAGACAUAGCUUAUUCAAGAUGUUUGAAAAUACAGAUGCUACAGAAGAACAACAUGGUGCACACGAUCCCGGUGCUGCAGAUUUGUUUCCUGCACCAUUUACAGGUAUUGGUCGAUAUGCUAGUACUACAAAGAAAAGUCAAUCUAUCAUUGUAAGACAUCGAGAACGAUCAACUCCAAUCACUACCAUCCCAAAGACAAAAUCUCGCCCACAUUCGAACACUAUAUCCAUAGGCAAUACAGCUGUUGGAGAAGAAGGAUAUAACCGUGAGCUAAAAUGGAGAAAUCAACCUACACACGAUAUCACCGUCAAUGUGCCAAACACUGCAGUUGUAGAUGAACUUCAUUCAUCGCCCACGACUAUUUCAGAAGAGUUAGUCACUCCAGUGCCAUCUUCAACAGGCCAUCGCGUACAAGAUCAAUUGGAUCCUAUCACAAGCUAUCGAAUGCAAGUUAAUGAUGGCGAUACAGAAGACAGAGAACGAUUGAUUUAGUAACAGUAAUAAAAAGA